GGAGGUGAGAGUGAUUGACGAGGAGUGGGUUAAGUGACCAGAAGUCAGAAUUUUUGGUGCUGUUGUUUUGGGCUUGGGUUUUAUGCUUUGUUGUUGUUUGCCAAGGAAGCCUCGUUUUUAAGUGGAUUGGGAAGCGUGAGGAAUACUGCCCUAGGUACAAAGGGAAGGCGGCAGGUAGCGGUGGACGAAUUAAAGAGCUUCAUGAGCUUGUGAGUCUCCACUGCCCUAAACUGGAGGGGAUCGUCGUACGUAGAGACAGGCAUGGGCGUUUCUGCAUAACAGAUCCUCAAAACAGCCCUGGAUGGUGGCCUAUGACUAGUGGUUAAGAGCACGGGUUUGGCGUCACAGUUAUGAAGCCGGGUUCUGCUGACUUGAGACCUGGAGGAAUGCCUUGAGCUCUGACUUCUGUGUCCUUUCCUGUAGAAUAGGAAUAAUUCCCACCUUGCAGACUUGUAGGGAGGAUUAAAGGAAACGAUCUUGGUUGACAAGUUUAUCGUGGUGUGGGUACCUAGGUAGUAGCUAUCAGUGUUAUUUAAUGCGGCCGGGCGCAGUGGCUCACGCCUGUAAUCCCAGCACUUUGGGAGGCCGAGGCGGGAGGAUCACGAGGUCAGGAGAUCGAGACCAUCCUAGCUAACAUGGUGAAACCCCGUCUCUACUAAAAAUACAAAAAAUUAGCCAGGCGUGGUGGCACGCACCUGUAGUCCCAGCUACUUGGGAGGCUGAGGCAGGAGAAUCGCUUGAACCCGAGAGGCGGAGGUUGCAGUGAGCCAAGAUCAUGCCACUGCACUCCAGCCUGGCGACAGAGCGAGACACUCUCUCUCUCUCUAAAAUUUAAUGAAUGAGGAAACCGCGAACAUACGUCCAAUAAGGUGGGACUUCACCAGCUGAGGUGGAGGAGGUGCCUUAACCUUCCGGAGCCUCUGUGUAAAAUGGGGAUAAUAUACAUUGUAAUGGCUACUUCUCAAGAUGGUUGUAGGAUUACGUAAGGUUAGAAAUAUGAAAAGAGCUUAUAAAUUGCAAAACAUUUUACCGAUGCUAAUUUAAUCGCUAACACUCCAGAGCAUUUUGAAAUUUCUUUAUAGAUUUGGCACAGCAGCGGGUCAUAGGACACCCCCAGAGCAACUUGUGGGUCUUGGAAUAGAUGAAAAGAAACAACUGCCACUGUGUUGCAACCAUAACCCUAAAGAUAAAGCUUUCCAGGAGACCCCUGUUUCCUCUCUGCUUUUUCUGCCUAGGGCACUUCACACUUCUUUGCUGGCAUUUUUCCUGCCUAGUUAAAUACUAGUCUAUCAAUUAUGUAAGAGACAGCUUAGUCCAGUAGUUAAGAGCACAGACUGUGGACCCGUGCAGCCUGCAUCUGAAUACCAGCUCUGCCACUUACUAACGACGUGACCUUGGACAAAUUAUUUUACCUCUCUUGGCCUCAAAUUUCUCAUCUGUAAAAUGGGGAAGGUGCUUGCCUUAGAGCAAGGGAAACAGCUCUCAUUCAAAGGAACUAGAAGCCUCUCCCUCAGUGCAUCCAGGAUAUUGCAGUCCUCUUCAACAUCAUCAUCAUUUUCCUCAUGUUCUUCAACACCUUCGUCUUCCAGGCUGGCCUGGUCAACCUCCUAUUCCAUAAGUUCAAAGGGACCAUCAUCCUGACAGCUGUGUACUUUGCCCUCAGCAUCUCCCUUCAUGUCUGGGUCAUGAACUUACGCUGGAAAAACUCCAACAGCUUCAUAUGGACAGAUGGACUUCAAACGCUGUUUGUAUUCCAGAGACUAGCAGCAGUGUUGUACUGCUACUUCUAUAAACGGACAGCCGUAAGACUAGGCGAUCCUCGCUUCUACCAGGACUCUUUGUGGCUGCGCAAGGAGUUCAUGCAAGUUCGAAGGUGACCUCUUGUCACACUGAUGGAUACUUUUCCUUCCUGAUAGAAGCCACAUUUGCUGCUUUGCAGGGAGAGUUGGCCCUAUGCAUGGGCAAACAGCUGGACUUUCCAAGGAAGGUUCAGACUAGCUGUGUUCAGCAUUCAAGAAGGAAGAUCCUCCCUCUUGCACAAUUAGAGUGUCCCCAUCGGUCUCCAGUGCGGCAUCCCUUCCUUGCCUUCUACCUCUGUUCCACCCCCUUUCCUUCCUUUCCUCUCUGUACCAUUCAUUCUCCCUGACCGGCCUUUCUUGCCGAGGGUUCUGUGGCUCUUACCCUUGUGAAGCUUUUCCUUUAGCCUGGGACAGAAGGACCUCCCAGCCCCCAAAGGAUCUCCCAGUGACCAAAGGAUGCGAAGAGUGAUAGUUACGUGCUCCUGACUGAUCACACCGCAGACAUUUAGAUUUUUAUACCCAAGGCACUUUAAAAAAAUGUUUUAUAAAUAGAGAAUAAAUUGAAUUCCUGUUCCAUAAA